AUGACUAUUACUGAGUAUACUAAUAAGUUUGAGAAACUGUGCCGGUUCUCUCGUAUUUGUCAAGGUGCUCCAGAGGAUUUUGCUGGAUGGAAAUACAUCAAGUAUGAGGGAGGCCUUUGGAGUGAAUUUCUGAACUCCGUUGCACCAAUAGAUAUCAGGGUGUUCUCUGAACUCGUAAACAAGAGUAGGGUGGCAGAAGAAUGUGUAAGAAAGGCGGCAGCAGAGAAAGGAAGCAUGAGGAUACCUUUCCAGAGGACUCCAGGGAGGAAUUUUGCACCAAGAGGAAGGAACUUUAAGUAUGGGGGAUUCAUUCAGCAACCUAAUCUUGGUCAAGGCAAUUUUAGGAGACCGAAUAACAAUGCUAAUCAGGGCAGAAGAUUUAGGAAGCAGCCACAGCAGGACUUGAGCUGUCAGAGGUGCAGGAAGCAUCAUCCAGGAGUUCCAUGCAUACUGGGUGCUGAGGGGUCAGAGACACUGAUCAGAGGUAAGUGUAAGAUAGCCAGUAAAGUUUUAAGUGCAUUGUUUGAUUCUGGAGUAACACAUUUAUUAAUUACAUUUGAGAAGGCUGAUGAACUAAGAUUGAAAAUAGUGGUCUUGGGUUAUGAUUUAAAGGUGUAUAAUGCUACCCAUGAAGCUAUGGUGACUAGGAUAGGAUGUCUACAAGUUCUGUUUCGAGUACAACAACGUGAAUUCGUGCAUGAUCUGAUUUGUCUGCUGAUGACUGGUCUUGAUCUCAUGAUGGGGUUAGACUGGUUAUCUAAGAACCAUGUUCUACUCGACUAUUCUGAGAAAUCAGUGUGCUUUAUGCUGGAGGAUACAGAAGGGCCGGUUGUGGCGAAUAGCUACUAUUUGAACUCUAUGACAGUAAAUUGUUCUGGGAUCGAAUGCCAGGGUAUCAUGCUAUUAACUGCGAGUAUUUCGGGUGAUGAUCAAAGUUUGAAGCAGAUUCCGGUUGUUUGUGAGUUCCCAGAGGUGUUUCCGGAUGAUAUCGAUGAAUUUCCACCUAACCAAGAGGUUGAAUUCACAAUUGAGUUGGUGCCUGGAGCCGGUUCGAUCUCGAGUGCUCCUUAUAGGAUGUCACCUCUAGAAAUGGCUGAGUUGAAGGUUCAGCUGGAAGAUCUAUUAGGUAAACGCUUCAUUCGACUGAGUGUUUCCCCGUGA